AUCAAAUUUCAUACCUCACCUUUCUCCGGCCAACUGGCCGGUACCCACACUAGUUUAUUACAAUAAAUGAAGUUAAAAUACAUAGAAAUCAAAUGAACUCUCAAUAUUUUUCUUUUUAUAUUCUUCUCUCAAACCAAAAUGGGUAUCACGACCUACCCAUUUACAUGUAGCUUCCGGGCCUGGACCAAUCUUGGUCUAACCCUAAUUCAAAAUGAAUAGGUUUCCAAUUAAUUGAGUAUUUCUUAACUCUAAUUUUGAUUGGACGCAGAAUCUUCAACCAUCCACAUAUCAGAUUGUUAUUAGUGGAUUCACCUUCCUUUGCUUCUUAAUUAUGCUAAAUAAAUCAAGAAUUAAAGUAUAAAAAAGAAAGAAAACUCACUAAUAGAAAACUAAUAUGUGGCUGAUUGAAACUUCUUCGUCCAACCAAGGUUGGAAUUAGUUUGCGCGUAAAUUAGUUUGCAACUAUUCAAAUUUGAUUGACAUGUAUUAUGAAUCCUAUUCAUUUGAUAACUUUUUCAUUUUGUUGUCAUUAAGAUACUACUUAAGGGAUUCAAAUUUGAUUGACAUGUUUUCAACUUUGUCAUUUGAUAACUUUUUCAUUUUGUUGUCAUUUUGUUGUUUUCAUUUUCCAUUUUCUAGAAUAGUGAUAUUACCACUAGGCCAAACUCUUGUUCGUAAAUCGUAAUUCAUUUGAUAACUUAAUGGUUAAUUAGACAUGAUUCAAAAAGAAAAGUCUGACUUGCACUUGAUUUAAAGGUAUAUAUAUGUAACACCCUAGUGUAAAAUUAUACUAUAAUUAUCAAAUUUAGUAAUGGUCGAAAUUUAUAGUGUGAAGAUAUUAAGUAGAAUUACAAAUAAUUACUUGUGCAUGCUCAUUCAUAAACUGUUCUUACAAUAACCAUUAGAUAAAUUUUGUAAUUUGCAUCAAACAAGUUCCAUAAAUACCUAAAAAUCACAUGCAAAAUAUAUAUUAUUUUCCGUAAAUUCACACAUUUUCUUGUUGUUAUCAUAUAAUUGAAGAUUGAUAUCAUUUUAAAUUCUUACACGAAUUAGAUGACCAAAAUGAAAAUUAUAAAGUUAGUUACAUGUUAUACCAUAGAUGUGCCUUAAAAAGAUUUUGAAAAUUGUAGCUACUAACUUCUAAUCAUAUUUAUAUAUUUUUUUAUCAAACUUUUAUUAAUUUUUUUCUGAAUUAGAAUAACUUAAGCUAGAGUAGAAGCAAAUGGAGCAGAAAUUCAGAAUAGAAUAUCGGUCGAGUUAAACAAGGAGAUUGGAUCCAAGUAGAAAUCAUGAAUCGAACCCUCAGUUCCUCAUCCACCUACAAAAAUCCCCAUACUUUUGGAUAAUACCCAAAAGACACCAAUAUUGAAAAGGAAAGCCGAACCCUUCAGUUUACCCUGUAUCCAAGCACAGCAAAAUGCCAUAAUUUGUUAACUGCUUAGUAGGAAAAAAGAAGAAAGUGGCCGCCAUGUAAACACCAUCCAUCUCCUGAAAGAUCCUCAUGAGAAUCCAUGGCUGCAAUGAUUUUUCUCCUACUUAGUAGCCUUCACGUCCACCACCAACCCAUUAAACAUCUCUUCUGUAUAAAUACACAACAAAUGCAGGCUCUCAUCUCAUCAAACCCAAAACACAUUUCCAAUCUUCUGCAGAACUAAAAAUGGCAGCCAACAACAGAAUUCUCAUCACCAUCUGCUCAUUCCUUCUGCUCUUCAUCCUUCCAUCAAUGGCUGCCGAACCACAAUACCACCGCGCCCCUGCAACACCUCAGAAGAAAUCCGACGUCGUGGUCGAAGGGGUCGUCUACUGCCAGAGCUGCAAGUAUGCCGGCUCGUGGUCUUUGACAGGCGCCAAGCCUAUCCCAUCAGCUAGAGUUAGCGUCACUUGCAAGGAUUCCCGCCACCAUGUGACCUUUUAUAAGACCUAUCAGGCUGACAAACACGGAUACUUCUACGCACAACUCGACGGGUUCAAGUUGAGCCAUGGGAUUUUGGAUCAUCCACUCCAAGCCUGCACUGUGAAGCUUGUCUCCUCUCCACUCGCGACCUGCAAUGUGAGCACCAAUCUUAACUAUGGCAUAGAUGGAGCCAAGCUUCGGUCUGAGGGUAAGGUGUUGAGGUCUCCUCACUACGAGGCUGUGAUCUAUGCAGCUGGUCCCUUGGCUUUCCGCCCUGAAACGUGCUCGAACCAUCAUGGUUAAAAAUUGAUGUGGGUUUUCAAGGUCCCGCCUUAGCAUUGUCUUUCUGGUUUUUAUUCUUGUUGGAGCAUAAGAUCUUCCUUGUGUUGAGUUCUCGAUGUUGAACGAGAUAAUUUAUCAGCAAUUUGUACCCGCAUUCGAAUGAGUUGAAUCUU